AUGACGGCUUCAACGCGCUGUCCAAGUUCUAAGAACACGUACAAUCGGCCAUCCUCUAAGCAUGACGGCUUCAACGCGCUGUCCAAGUUCUACAUGAGCAUGCGCGGGAAGCGGCGGCCGGGUGACGGGCAGUCGGACUCGGGAGGGGGCGCUUCUUCCUCUGCAGAGAGAGACCAGUAUUGUUCGCUUCAGGAAGAUACACUUCAAGAGAAGCCCGAUACGCCGAAGGAAGAACGCUCGGAGUCCGUAGACAGCCGUGGUGAGCCGAAGACAUCGACGGUGAAGUUUGAGUUUCCUCCCGCCCAGCCCGAGUCCGGCGGUGCGGCGGGCGGAGUGGAGGACAGGCGGCACUAUGAGAACCUGAACGGGACAGACUUACCAGGAGAACCGGACCCGGAUGUAGACCACGCCCUCAUGCCGCUCUCGCCCAGACCGGACUAUGACGUACCCAGACCCCAGCCUCGUCCUGAGGCAGUCGGAGCUGACGCAGACGGCCAGGAGACGUCAGUUGAUGACGUCACGUACGACGUUCCCUCCCUAAACCCCCGUCCUUCCACCAUGUACUUCAUGCGCAUGCCCGACCUGGGGUGCGAAGGGUUACUAGACGAGGUCAUGUCAAGUUUCUCUACUGAGACACUAGAGAGUCUGGGUGUAGACGAACCGCCCAGAAGUCGUCCAACAAGUCAAACCGUCAAACGGGCGCCUCUUGCGACAGAGGAAAGUGACUCUCCUAUUGUUUCAAGAACUAGGCAAAGAAACGAGUCCGCUCCUUCCGAGUUACAUAUAUCUGAACCAGAGAAGACGAAGGCGUCAUCCUCCAAAGUCUUAGAUUUGAAAAGUAAGAAGAACGCCAGCGGUAAGAAUGGCGCUCGUAGUAAACUCUUGAACGAGGUACCAAGACAGUCUCCAAAAGCGACAACUAAGGACCUGAAAUUACAGGCAUCUAAGAAAAGUACUGGAGUCAGUAAGACUCACUUAAGUAGUCGAACGAUCGGUAAGGCGGGUACCGAUGUGCCUUCAAGACAAUCUCCAAAACCUAUGUUGGUCUUAAAGGAAGACGAAACUUCUGAGAAGUCAACGAGGGCACCUUCGAGUGAACGGUCACAAACAAGGGUCAAAACAAGUAACGGGUCUUCUAAACAGGCCUCAAAACCUGUGGGUAAAGCAGAGAAGAAGCCGAUGGCAACGUGUCAGUGUGGGAGGAACGGGGCACGUGCGGCAGGGAAAGGUUCUCCCAGUGAGACAACAAAAGUGACGCGGAAGACGAGCCCCAAGGACGAAAAAGAGGAAGCAAGUAAAAAGUCGCACAGUAGGAAAAGUGAGCAGUCGCAGGAGACGGUUGGAGCAAACACCGUGGUGAUGAGAAAACUCGGGCGGGAGAACAGGGAACGGAGACCGAGGAGCGGCAGUGGGGAGGACGGCCUUGUCAAGUUCAUGAAGAGAGCUCUACCCGAUGAGGCUACGCCGGAGAUGUGCGCCUUCGCCCUCCAAGCUACAAACUGUAACGUGGAGCAGGCGAACAAGUUUGUGAAACUUCAGCUGCGCACGCGCCAGGACUACUCCCAACCUGACGUCAGAGCGCAUGCGCUUCGGCGCCUGAAGCAAAACAACUGGGACAUCAACAGGACCGCGCGGGUGCUUCUGGGAGAAGAUGAGGACAAGCACUCUGUUGGGAAACUUCAGUAGGACGUUUGCUGUCCGUUGAAACUGUCAAUCAUUGUUGUUGUGUUUCAAUCAUUGGUGUCAGACCAAAAAUUGGCUUCUUGUGUACCUCUACUGCUGUGGACGUGUGAUCGAUCGAAAAAUUCGUUGGGGAAAUCUAAAUCGUAUUUCAAGUCAAGUGUGAGAUGAAUUGUGCAUUCCAAUGAAAGGUACUGCGUUUGGGGGUUUAAAGUAUUAUUGAUCUGAAAAAGGCUAUUGUAAACUUUUAAAAAGAACGGAUUAAAGAAAAGAUUAAAGUUAUUUUGCGUUUAAAGGAGGAUUUACAUAUGCGCCAGUGGGUAAGGAAAGGGGAUCACCAAUGGAUCGUUGAACCGAAUGAAGGCUAUAUUUUACAUGUUUCAUGAUGGAACUGAUGGUCACGUGGUUAUCACGUAGCUAUCACGUGUUUUUCACGUGAUUGUAAUAACGGAGGUUUACGGCUGGAGAAUACGUUAAUGCGUGCUGAGGCAAUGUAUAUAUUGUUGGCUUGUACAGAUGAAGGAUAUUUGUGUAUUGAAUGCUUGCGAAACGUUUGUAUAAGAGAAGAUGAGAAAAGAGUAAGAGAAAGGUAUUUUUCAAGAGUAAUAAGAUGCGAAAAUUACGAAAUUGUGCCAUACAUGUGCAGUUGAAGUCUGAAGUUGGAAUUCUUAAGAGUUGUUUCGAUUAUGUAUGCGUAUUCAGGUCAAUGUGUUUGUUACAUCAAUUGUUGUAUUUUUGGCUUUUAGUAUUUUGCCACCGAAGAAAAUCAACUUGACCUCAUGAAAAAAGUGAGACAGUCUA